CAGCCUACGGCUGAACAGUUACGCAUUGCUAGCAUGACAGCAGUCAAAACAGAUGCAGAUCCAGAAAUGAUGAAAAAGAUAAAAGAAGUGUCAGACCUCACAGGUCGGUCUGCUGACGAGGCAUACACAGCACUUCAUGACUGCAAUGGGGAUGCCAAUCAAGCUGUCGAUCUAUUGUUUGAAAAAACAAACAAUCAGGUAGUACUGAUUUGUUUUUUGAUAAAUUUGAAAAACAUAUUCUAG